CCAUGGUGGUUUUUAUAACGCACUGUACGAAACUCUUGUGUCAUUGACACUGUCGGGGGGGGGGGAGAGUAACAGUGAUCAGUCCUGGCAGUCUGCUGAGAACAUUUGUCCACCAUGGAGGGCUCUGAUAAAACACAAAUGAAACAAACAGCGGAAACAAAGGAAGAUGUAAAAGCUUGUGAAGAGGCUCCUUCUGUUCAGAGCUCCACAGAAGACUAUGGCUCCUGUCUGAAGCGCACGAGGGGCUUCAUCCCGCCGGUGUACCGGAAUGAGCUCGUGCAACUUUUCAAACUAGCGGGACCAGUGGUCAUUUCCCAGUUGAUGGUUUUUAUGAUCAGUUUCGUCAGCACUGUGUUCUGUGGUCACCUGGGGAAAACCGAACUUGCAGGAGUAUCAUUAUCAAUUGCGGUUGUGAACGUCACAGGUAUUUCCAUUGGCACUGGCUUGUCAUUAACUUGUGAUACCCUCAUAUCUCAGACAUAUGGGAGCGGUAACUUGAAGCGUGUUGGUGUGAUUCUCCAGAGGGGGAUUCUGAUUCUGUUAUUGGCCUGUUUCCCCUGCUGGGCCAUCCUCAUCAACACUGAACCCCUUCUACUUGCUGUCAAACAGAGCCCAGAGGUUGCCAGUCUCUCCCAGCUGUAUGUGAAGAUCUUCAUGCCUGCACUGCCAGCCGCUUUUAUGUACCAGCUGCAAGGCAGGUAUCUUCAGAAUCAGGGAAUUAUAUGGCCUCAGGUUAUAACUGGAGCAAUUGGAAAUGUCUUCAACGCAAUUAUCAACUACGUCUUACUCCACUGUCUGGAUAUGGGCGUUGCUGGAUCUGCUGCCGCCAAUGCCAUCUCUCAGUACCUGCUAGCUGUGGUCUUGUAUGUCUACAUCUGCUGGAGGGGCCUGCAUAAGGCCACAUGGGGAGGUUGGUCAAUGGACUGUCUGCAGGAAUGGGGACCCUUUGUCCAGCUGGCGAUCCCCAGUAUGCUCAUGCUGUGUCUUGAGUGGUGGAUGUUUGAAAUGGGAAGCUUUCUUGCAGGAGUGAUUAGUGAGGCCGAGCUUGGAGCUCAGUCCAUAGUUUAUGAGCUGGCUGUUAUAGCCUAUAUGUUCCCAUUGGGUUUCGCCGGUGCUGCCAGUGUUCGGGUUGGGAAUGCACUUGGAGCGGGAGAUGUAGAGCAGGCUAAGCUGUCCUCCAGAGUCCCCAUCAUCUGUACUUUCAUAAUCGCAUGUUUCAUUGGAGCUGGUCUCAGCAUCACCAGAAAUGUCAUCGGAUACAUCUUCACAUCAGAGCAAGACAUCAUACAGAGGGUCGCUGACGUCAUGAUCCUGUUUUGUUUCAUGCAUGUUUUUGAUGCAGUAGCGGGUGUGACUGGAGGUGUUCUCCGCGGCGUAGGGAAACAGCUAAUCGGUGCUCUGUGUAACCUGGUGGGGUACUACUUCAUCGGGUUUCCUAUCGGUGUGUCGCUCAUGUUUGCAGCAAAAAUGGGCAUUAUAGGUCUUUGGACGGGAUUUGUCGUUUGCGUGUUCAUGCAGUCCCUCUUCUUCCUCAUAUUAGUUUGCAAACUGGAUUGGAAGAAGGCUGCUGAAGAGGCUCUUGUGAGAGCAGGUGUGCAGGUCAAAGAAGAAAAAGAGAUGACUGGGAUUGAAAGUACAGACUCCAAUCACAACCAGGCUGAGGUCAGUACGACUGAAUCCAUCUAUGAGAAUGCUGAGGUGGACAACAAGGACGCUGAGGUGCAUAAUCCAGAGCAGAAAAAGUCCAUUACCACUACAGUUGGAGGUGUCCUGUCUAUAACACAACUCGUUUUACGCCGUGGUUUGGUAUUGCUUCUCAUGGUGGUCAUCCUGAUUGUUGGAGUGUUCGCCAGUGAAUUCCUCAUCAAGCUGCUGAAGUGAGUCUGUCAGAUAUUUAAAACUGGCAUUCAGAGUGGUUGGUUGUCUAUUAGGUGAGCUUCAUGUUCCAUAAGAUAACAAUGACUCACCUUGUAGUGUGAGAUGAAUCCACAGAGGAUCAAUGCCCGACUGCAGUUUAGUGCUGCAUUUAGAGACCAGAACACAUGUAAAUGACCUUAUAGCCCCUCUGGGACUGAGGGAUGAAUGGGUGAUAAGAAAGUUAGUUUAGGUUCAGUUAUAGUUUAAGAAUAUGGACUGGGAGUCACGCAAAAAAAUAACAAGUUUGAAAAAAGGAUUGUAGUGUGAUAACUAUGUUGCUCUCUUUCUGUCAAAGGAGGGUGUUUGUCUAAAUGAUAGCCACAACACAUUUUAUGAAAGCUCAAGAAUUAAGAGUCAUCAUGAUUUUGUUCAAGUCAGCUCAUUGAUAGAUGACCAAUAUCACUAAUUUAAAAGAAGCACUAAUUCACUAAUUCAACUUAAAAGAAGAAAUGCUACAUGCUUAUCUCCGUUUGUGUUCACAAUUUAUUUAGUUUCUCAGGUGGAGUUAAAAAGAAGAAAAAUCCUUGAUGGGUCAAUUUAAGUGUACCAGUUUGAAAUGUUUACAUACUGUGGAUCUGAUUAGAAAAUACAAAGGUGAGAAACUUCAA